UGGGUCUUCGGUCCAUGGCAGCCUAUUUGCAGGAGCCAUGGCGCCGGCGAGCAGGAGGUCGUGGCACAGGCUUUUCAAAGGUCCGCGAGGCGGUUCUGGAAGCUUGUGAACGCAUGAAUCGACCAGUUGAAGAAUCGGCCAAAGUGCUGCAAUACCUCGAGAGCGAAUGGCUUUGCGAUCCAAUGACCUUGGGUGCAAUGUCUGAAGAUGCCUGGAAAGAAGUUCGUCUGCCCUUGGGUUUGAAAGAGUAUUUGCGUCUCCGCUUUCGUUCCAAAGCGGACGAAGCCCCAGGGUCCCCGCCGCAGGUGGUCUUUCAAGAUACGGAGCCAGCCAGGAAGCCCGAGGCCUCUACAGAGAAAAGUGCUGUGGAGGUGCUACUUCUCCGAAUUCAAGAAAAGAUGGGAAGAGAGAACCGCACCAUGAAAGGCAUGGCUAGGCGCUUCAAACGCAUGGAUGAUGACUUGGAUCACUACAUGGAGAUUUCUGAAUUCGUCAAUGCCAUGAAAGAAGUCAACGCCAAUCUUACAGACAAUGAGCUGCAAAUGCUUUGGCGAUACAUUGAUCGAGAUGGCAAUGGCAGAGUGACCUUCGAACAGUUCUUGAGGAUCUUCAAGCCAAAGCUCUCGGAAAGGCGUCGUCGAGCCGUAAAAGGCCUCUUCGAUUAUUUGGAUGCAAAUCGAAAUGGAGUGAUUCAGGUGGACGAUCUGAAGCUGCGAUGUGAUCCACAUGCCUUGGCGGAAGGCAUGCAGAAAGUCCGCGGUGUGCGGAUGCAACCAGAUGAGGUCUUGGUGAACUUCAUGGAGAACUUCCGGCGACUCGUGGGGGGAAGUGUCUAUGGAGAAGUGCGAUACGCUGACUUCGAAAAGUACUACGAAGGCCUCUCUGCAGGCAUUGAUUCUGAUGUCUACUUCGAGGAGUUGCUGCAAAAAGCAUGGGAUCUUCCCAGUGGAUUCUUCCAACAUUUGCAGGUUGAUGACAUGGGGGACCCACAACGUGCAGCUGGUACACCCGCGAGAGUGAAGCUGUAUCCACAUCAUCAGCACCAUGGUCCUACAUUCCUGGACGGCGUCCAUGGCAGCCACGAGCGGCGACCAGGACAGGCCAAAACAGGGCAUCGGCUCCUGCGCACGCUGCGGAGAAGCUUGGCUCAGUGCUGCCGGGGCAACGCUGCACAACUGUAUGGAGAUUUGGUGGUGCGCACCUACAUGCCUCAACCCUCCAGGCGCGGAGAAGAGGCUCCCCCGGCACUGGUGCCUAAGGAAGUCUUUGAGGCGGCCUUGCUGCGCUUGCUACCGAGCAUGCCACCACAGGACUUGGCCACCAUGACGGCGGUCUUCAAGGAUGCUGUGCGAAGCGACUGUGUGGACUACCGCUCGUUCUUGGAAGCUCUGCAGGUCUCUUCUCCGGCCCGGCAAGACUGUGCAGCACGCCUGUUCGACGAUCUCGUGGGCACGACCGGCGCCACUACCUUGGAACUGUCGGGUGAUGGCCGUGUACCAUUGGGAGCCAAGACGGUCUUCGGUGAAAGGUCUGUGUCACUGCAAAACUGGCUGGAUUUCCAUAACUUGGUGGCACUCGCAGCUGGAGAUACCACAGAUUCUGUGUACGAGGCGCAGCUACGCUACUUGUGGGGCCUGAGGGAUUUGACUCAAAACCGAAACCUGGCACCUGUGCCGGGCUACUACCAAGGCAUGUCACGGGUGCACCUGGGUUGAUGGGAACCAGAUUGAGAUGACAUGAGUUUAAUUGAUGUGUUUG